AUGGGUAUAAAAUUUUAUUCCAAAGAUAUUCAUAAAUCGAAAGAACUUCCAUCGUUAUCAUCGAAUUUCGAUCAACCAUUCUAUGUGAACACUUCAGCUUCAUAUUACAAAACUUAUCAUUGUUCAUCUGGGCUAUCGCCCUUGAAAACAUCUAUAAUCAAACCAAAUAUUGAUACUCAUGGAUAUGCUUCGAUUCAAAAUCGUGUUGGUAACAAUCGUUUAUCUGCACAGUCGUGUUAUCUUUCUCAAAAUAAUAUCUACGCCAAUAUUUCUAAACCAUUUACAAAAUCAAAACAUCCAAUGAAAAGUCUAUCGAAUACAAACAUAGGAAUUAAUCCACAAAUAUUAUACGAAAAUAUAAAUAAUCAAUUUUAUGAAAAUAUUCAAUCGUCUCCAAAAUUGUCAUCGUCGACAAUACCUUUGAAAUUGAAUGAAAUCGUUUGUUAUGAAAAUUUAUCUGUCAAGAGCAAUAGUUCACAUUUCUAUAUGAAUCUAUUACAUCAAAAUGAAGAACAACCAUCAAAUAUUCCUAUAUCAUCAGAGAAAAAUCCUUGUUCGGAAAUAUGUCCCGUAGAAAAUAAACAAGUUGACAUUGAUAAAAAUUCAAAUGCUAAGACUAUACAAAUAAUUGAGAAAAUUGAAGUCAAUUUGGCCCCAAGUUGUCGCGAUAAAAGUGUGUUAUACCGUACAAAGAUGCCUAAUUUUACGACGUCGAUUCCUUCAUCAUUUCGUCAACGACGAAGAUCUCAUCGUUCAAAACAGCACUCUCAACGUACUACAAAAUCAUCGCAAACGAUUCAAACUUCUCAUAUAACUCAUCAGAAACAACAACAACAACAACAUUCAAAGAGCAAUCAUCCUACUCCGCCUCCGCCUCCUCGUCGGAUCAUAACCAAUCAUCGAUCGAAACAAUCGUCUUCUAAAACUCGACCAAAACAAUCGCCAUCAACUCAAUUAUAUCAUGAAAUCAUCGAUAAAUCGGCUGUAUCCGACGGUCAAUCCGAACGCAAUAGUAUUUAUUCACAAGGAGAAAAACGUAAAAAGUCAACGGAAUUUCAAAGGGUACUAAAAAAACAAGUUUCCGCAUGGUGUCCAGGAGAGCAUUUCGAUGAGGAAGAAUUAACAGUCAAAUGUUCGUUUACAACAGAAAAUGAAAAUUCAGAACACGAGGAGGAAAUAACCGAUGACGACGACGAUGACGACGAACAAGAAUUUUGUCAACAUGAAACAUUUGAAGAUUUUUUUCUUCGGCGUCCUCCAAAAUCGUCAUCUUCAACAAUACAUCAUAAUAGUACUAGUCCGGCGACUUCCGAAACAAUUUCACAUGAAACACCUAUUCGACCAUCAUCAUUAGAUCAACGUGCUCCUAGUAUUGCAUUAGGUUUAGAUAAGAAUGAUGUAGAAUUUAUUCAUGAUAUUCUUGAACGUUCCUAUGGUGAUCUACGUAAAUCCAAUAGAAUAAUAGCACUUCGAGAAGCUUACAUUCGUGCAGUUAAUAAACGAAAUGAUUUACUCAAAGCAAAAUCUAUUCGGCGACCCGAUGAAACUAAAACACGAAAACCUACACCAAUGAAAUAUUCAGUAACAGCUUCAAAAGUUCGUGAUGAACUUGAAAAAUACGAUGAAUUGCCAAUACAUCGAAUGCCUACGUUUGAUGAUAAUGAUUUUUAUUCAGUAAGUUAUCGUCAAACAACGAGUCAUUGUACAAUACCUGUCGUACUUGCAACAGCAAAUCGAAUAAUAAAUUUUGUUACAUCACUAAAACGACAAGUACAAAAAAACUUUCGAGAUAUACGAUCUAAAAUGAACGUUGAAAAUACGAUUCCUCCAUCCAGACAAAGACGUUCAAUGCAUAAUUCAUCAGGCUUAUCUCAUCAAAAUAGAUCUCGACCAAAACCAACCAGCAUUCCUAAUUCAACUGAAAAUUCUCAGCAUCAACGUCAGCUUCAUCGUUCGCAACCAAAUAGAUCUCAAUUGCAAACACCCAAUCGACCUACACUUGCCGAACAACGUCUAUCAUACAGACCACGAACAUUUCGCGUUCUUGCUCAUCGUCAACGACUGCCUAGAAUUGACUGA